UCGCGGAACUCUUUCGUUGUGAGCACGGAGAAUAGUGGGACCUAUUUCUGAGAAACACAGGAACUUCAAUUGAAUUAUUUGCGACAAAGAAAGAUUGGUGUAGAAAUGUCUCAUGUUGUAGCUAAGCAGGAUACCACAUUUAUCUGAUAUUACACAGAUACCAAUUCAGUUAUAAUAUAAUUGUGUUUAGAAAACAAAAUAAGUCAAAAUGUUGAUUAAAGUCAAGACACUCACUGGGAAAGAAAUUGAGAUUGACAUAGAGCCCACAGACAAGGUGGAGAGGAUUAAAGAGCGAGUGGAGGAGAAAGAGGGGAUUCCGCCUCAGCAGCAGAGGUUGAUCUACAGUGGGAAACAAAUGAAUGAUGAGAAGACAGCUGCAGACUACAAGAUCCAGGGAGGCUCCGUACUACAUCUGGUCCUUGCGCUAAGAGGAGGGGAGGUCCUCCACUGUCCCACGAGCCUCCUGCUUGCCUUGUAACCACCACACCCGCCUUGGCCCCAGUAGAUGUUGCCCUUAGGCACAGAUCUAGGAUCAGCUUAAACCUCCUCAAAUCCAAACCAUAACCAUUAUGGGCUAUAAAUGCUGAACUGACCAUAGAUCAGUGAUUAUGGGCAACUUCAGCCCUCUCCCCUUGGGACAGGCCACCCUAGACCUUCUUGGAGACAUAUUACCCUGUUACAAUCACUCGUGUCAUUAAUAUUAAAAUAUGAGAGCCCUGCUUCAUAUCUGUAAAGAGAAGGUUUUGUCCUUUGGGCUUAUCACCGUGUCAGCACUCGCUCCUGUCCCUCCCUCUUUUGAGUGCAUCAAACUGAUGAUGCCGAUGUUACGUUUACAGUGCAUGAAAGUGAGAAAUUAAUAUUAUUUUAAGUAGAUUAAUGUAAUGGUUUAGUUUGUCAAUAAAAAAAACAUCAGUUAUCAGUGU